AUGCCCAAUAUAAAGUGUUUCAUGAAAAAUUGUAAUAGUCACAUUACCACCACUCAGAAAAGGAGUCGAUUAGGGCAAAAUUCUUUGUGGCCACUUUAUCAGAAUUACGUGGAUGGAAAGUCAAACGACAGUGAUAAAAAUGAGGUCAUUUGCCAAGGAUGCUACAUGAAGAUUCGAGGUCAACUAAAAGCUCCUGGUUUAAAGAAUUUCGUCCGGAGAACACCAAUUACUCCAAUUCUCACACCAACUUUUCUUGAGCAGACGAGGGCAAAACGAAGGGCAAAUCUGACCACAGAAGACGAAAACGCGGAGGAAGAUGGUGCUCGUGACGGUGAUGAAGAUGAAUCUCGUCGAGGAGAUGAAGGCGAAUCUUGUUGCGGUGAGGAAGACACUACUCGCGGCGCUAAAGAAAAUAAUUCUCCUGGCGGUGAGGAGGAAGAUCAUCGUGGCGGUGAAGAGGAUUUUCUUGGUGGUGACGACGACUAUUCUCUCGGCGGCGACGACGAUGCUCAACAAGACAUCGACCGGUUUGAGUAUGGACUAUUAGACAUGGAGUUAGACGACUUCCGGUUAAAUAGUGGACAAGAUGACUUCUCAAUGCCUAUUUCAAUAAGUAGCAGAAGUGAAGUCGAGUCAGAAUGGAGCACUCAGGGAACAACGAUCACGAUGACCACUGCAGGAACACAGUCUCAAGUGUCAAUCCUGUCUUCUCUUGCCCGAGACUCUCAAGUAUCAACGUCCAGCUCUAAAUCAAGUAAAUCACGGCGUCUACCAAAGAUCGACUCUGUUGAAUCUACGCAGAAACGGUGUUUCAUAUGUCAUGACCCCAACGGCAGAAAAAGAAUUCCAAAAGCUAGCACGGUGGAUUCUGGAUCUUACCAGCAACAAAACAGGAUAGGUGCCAGAAGACGUCAUUACAACUUUGACGAUCAAACUGAUGUGCAGAAAGACGACUACCAAAACCUUGUCGGAUUCUCAAAAAUCCAAUUCAACUCGCUGCUGACAGAAAUAUCAGGUCAUGUACACAACAGUGUCAACAGAAGUGUCCGAAAUGCGUUGGCCAUCUUCCUUAUGCUGCUUCGACACAAUUUGUCUCAGAAAGUCCUGAGCAGUCUUUUUGGAAUUCCCAAUCAGUCAUGUGUGAGUGAGACCAUUGAAGCAGUUGCAACAGCUCUGGACAACCAUUUCGUUAAGAAGUACCUGGGAUUUGAACACUUAUCUCGUGAAGCAGCACUUCGUGACCACUCGCGACCAAUAUAUUCUAAAUUAUUCAAAGAAGAGGACCCCACCAAGCUGUUUCUCAUCAUGGAUGGAACCUACAUUUACAUUGAGAAACCAGCCGAUUUUCAACUACAGAAACUCACUUAUUCUGGCCAGAAGAAGCGCAACUUGAUUAAACCAUUCAUGAUAGUUCUUCCGUCGGGGUAUAUCUUGACUGCGUGUGGUCCUUAUUAUGCUAAUGGUGCUAAUAAUGAUGCUGGGAUCCUAAAGUCCAUCCUGUCAGAGCUGCCACCUGAUUCUCCGUACUUGAAACCCGGUGAUCACCACAUUCUGGACAGGGGAUUCAGAGACGUGAUUCAGACUCUGCUUCGCCUUGGACACCUGACACAUAUGCCGGAGCUACUAGACACCGAUGACAAACAAUUCACCACCUCGCAAGGAAAUGAGUCAAGACGGGUCACGUUGGUUAGGUGGUUAGUGGAGGCAGUAAAUGGAAGAAUCAAGAAAAAGUUCAAAUUAUUUCGAGAGACAGUUCCAGGAGGAUACCUUGAGAAGCUGCCCAUGUUGUUCAGAAUUGGCUGCGCCCUCAUUAAUUGUUUCUACCCUCCUCUGUCCACCCACUCGCCCAAACAUGAUAAAAUAGCCGAAAGAGCACUGGAACUCGUCGACCAGGAGAAUGCUCUACAAAAACGAGUGGAGGACGAAAAAAUGGAUCGCCGGACCAAGCAGUGGAAGACAGCCUCGUUGGAAGAAUUUAAAAAAUUUCCCAAGCUUUCUGUUGAAGACUUAGAAGACAUUACACUUGGAGUCUAUCAAAUUGGAUUAGCCAAGCGUUAUGCUCAUUUGCACAUGUCCAACUCUGAAAAGUUUGAAAUUAAACUGAAUUCCGAGUUUACCAACAUUGUCCGAGCCAAGAUAGAAUCAAGAUUUACAGCAAAUAAAGCCCACGACCUAUGGAUCGAAUAUUCUUUAGAAGUUCAAGGUGCUGACGCCAUAAAAGGUUUUUACUGCAAAUGUAAACAAGGCGCUCGGACUAUGGGUUGCUGUGCACAUAUUUGCACGGUGUUGUGGUAUUUGGGUUAUCAAAGGUACCAAAACCCAACAAUACUUAAAGUUCGGAAAAGAAAACUGGAAAUUAUCAAUGCUGGAGAAUCUUAAUGGGAGGAGGAUUACGAUUAAGACAGUCAGGUUAUGCAUAUACAUUUCUUCACAUCUGGUAAUGAUUCACAAUUUUAGAACAUUUACAAAGUACGGAAUAAUUUGGGAAGGCACAUGGGUACUACGAUUGAUUUCGUAGUUAGCAAUCCCAACCGUACUUGUAAAUGCAUGCUAGGCGAUUAAAAUUAAUAUUAAUAUUGCAUAUUAUUUUUUCAGGUUUCAAGGUUCAACAGUUACAAUGUUCCUGUGAUUUAUGCAUUUUCGUGAAUAUAUGUAUACCAGUUACUUUGUUAUAUGUACAAAUUAUAUUGUAUAAAAUUAUAAACACGAUGUUAAAAAUUCCAAAAAUAGUUACAAAUUAAAUUAACAUCGACUUUGUCCAGUAUCUCACUUCCAAUAGCUGCAAAUAUGUACUUAUUACUCUCUCACCUAAUAUUCCCGACUUGCAUAUUUUGUUACCACACAACCAAAAAAAAUAAUUAAUAUCUUAUCGAAUGGGGGGCCCAUCAUUUUUCAUGGUAAUCAAUGAAAAGUAAUUUAAA